AUGGAGCCCAAGGUAACUCACGGGUAUACGCUCGUUUCCAAUGUGCCCUUUCGGGCGGUGUGCGAGGUGAUUCGCGAUGUGGUCGACCAGGAAGCUACAGUGGCCGCAGCAGGCGGCAUGUUCCCGGCACCAAUCCUCGUCUCUCUGGAAAAUCACUGUGACAGCGCUGGUCAGCGCCGGUUGGUCGAAAUCAUGCACGAAGUGUGGGAAGACCGCUUGCUGAGCACUCCAAUUCGUCCGAACGACGACACACACGUAACUCUAGAGGAACUGGGAGGCAAGAUUGCCGUCAUGGUCGAGUACCACCUGCCGGAGGAGAAAGAUUCAAGCUCUUCUUCCAGUUCCAGCUCCAGCUCCUCGAGCGAUUCGAGCGACGACGAGCAGAAAAAAGCCAAGGCCGAGUACAAGGCCAAAAAAAGACGACACCCAAGAUCAUCAUACCAGAGCUUGCACAGCUUGCCGAAGGACGGGCCGCCGUUCCAUCUCAUCAACGUCAGCGAAACGGGCUUGUCGUCACACAUGGCGGACCACGCGGCCAAAAUUUCGCGACACAACGCUCGGCACCUGCUCCGAGUAUAUCCCAAGGGCAUGCGCAUCUCGUCUCGCAACCUUUCGCCAAUUCCCUUUUGGGGAGUCGGGGCACAGAUCUGCGCACUCAAUUGGCAAACAUUUGGGGCGAGUAUGCAGCUAAAUGACGCUCUAUUCGCAGGAACACCAGGCUACGUGCUGAAACCGGCAGCGCUCCGUCGGGACGGCAGUGGCGUGCUCAGCCAGGAUGCACCACGACGCAUUCUCCGGCUAACGGUUGCUGGAGCCAGCAACGUGCCCCUACCGAGCGGCCGUUCCAGCAACGAUCUGCGGCCGUACGUGACGUGCUCGCUGCUGCAGCCGCGGGACGACGGUGGGCUGGCCAAGGUCAAGCGCAAGACGGCCGUGUACCGGCGGCACAGCCUACCCUUCUUGAGCGACGACGGGCCCGGGCCCACUGAUCCGGUGUGGAACGAAACGCUGGAGUGGGAGUUUGACGACAAUGAGCUUGUAUUUGUACGGAUGCUUAUUAAGAGCGACGACAGUUGGUCUGCCAACCCUGUGCUGGCAGUGGCUGCGAACGAGACCAAGUCGGCGGCCUCAAUCACAUGGAAUGCCAAGAAAUAG